GGCUUCCGCUUCCGGGUGGCGAGUCUCUGUGGCGCGCUGUUGAAGCUAAGUGGUCGCCAUGGAGCUGACGGGCGAGUACGUCGGGUGUGACGGGGAGACCCGGCGACUGCGAGUGUCCUGUGAGGCUUCGGGGGACGCGAACCCUCUCCAGAGCCUGUCGGCGGGUGUGGCCCGGAUGAAGGAGCUGGUAGCCGAGUUCUUCGGGCCCCUCGUGGAGCGGGACGCUCAGGGCGCGACAGCAGAUCCGGAGGACGCUGUGGAUGGUGAUGAUGAAGAUGAUGCAGAAGAUGAAAAUAACAGUGGUAGCAGAACUAACUCAGAUGGACCAUCUGCAAAACGACCUAAACCAGCAUCUUAGCAAUAGCUUAAGACUGCUAAUAAAUUGAGUGAGAUGUUGUACACUUGUAAUCCCAGCUUCUUGAGAGACUGAGGCGGAGGAUCCAAAGUUGGAGCCUUGCUUGCACUACAUUUCAAGACCUUGCUUCAAAUAAAAUAGAUCAAGACAUCAGAGCACUACUAUUUCCUGAUCAUCAUGUGCUAGUACUUGCAGAAGACCUGUGGUCUAGUUGGGGAACUCAUUUAUUUUCUUUCUUUGGGUAAAGUUUGUAACAAAGAGAACUUCCUGUUUCUAACAAAGAAAAGUACAAUAAAUAUUUGAAAUGAA